UUUUGUACCGUUCGUGAACGGUUUGUCCAUCUCUACUUCUAGGCGCCUUGGGUUACAUAUCAACAAACUGACAACACGCAAAGAUGAUAGUAAUUUAAUGUUUAUAAGAAGAAUAAAUCUUUAUAAAAUAAACAAAAUGCUGAAACUAAUAGACAUUGGAGCGAAUCUGGCGGACCCUAUGUUCCAGGGGAUUUAUAAUGGAUCCUCGAAACAUUCCCCCGAUUUAGAUUACAUUCUAGAAAGAGGACGACGCAUAGGUCUGCAAAAAAUCAUCGUUACGUGCGGCUCAAUCUCCGAUUGCGAUUCGACUUCUAAAAUUAUCGAAGGAGAUGACAUGCUAUUCAUGACCGUAGGAUGUCAUCCCACGAGGUGUGACGAGUUCGGGGCCGAUCCGGAUGGAUACCUAACAUCCCUUUGUAAACAGAUCGACCAAAAUCGCGACAAAGUUGUAGCUAUCGGUGAAUGCGGUUUGGACUACGAUAGACUGCAUUUUUGUGAAAAAGACAUACAGAAAAGAUACUUCGAACGCCAGCUGGAUUUGGUUGAGAAAUAUAAUCUUCCGUUGUUUUUGCACUGCCGAAAUGCACAUGAUGAUUUUAUCGAGAUUAUGAGACAGAAUUUAGGAAAAAUGCCUAAGCGAGGAGUUGUUCACACUUUUGACGGUUCAUUGGAAGAUGCUCAGACGCUUAUGGAAUUAGGUUUUUACAUAGGAAUCAAUGGUUGCUCGCUAAAAACAGAGGAAAACCUAAAAGUAGUGGCGCAAAUACCAGAUGAUAGGAUUAUGAUUGAAACAGAUGCUCCAUGGUGUGAAAUUCGCCCUUCUCAUGCUGGUGCCAAGUUCGUUAAAACCAAAUUUCCAUCUGUUAAGAAAAAAGAAAAAUGGGAAAAGAGUAUGCUUAUCGCCGGAAGGUGUGAACCAGUGAUGAUUAUUCAUGUUUUGGAGGUUCUAGCAGGGAUUAAAAACAAAUCCGUUGAAGAGCUUUCCGAAAUAUACUACCAAAACACUACUAAAGUUUUUUUCCCCGGUCAAAUCAAUUGAAACGAAGCACUAUCAAAUUUGAAAUGAUUUUCAUCGAAAAUAAAAUUCGAAUACACA